CUGAGCGAGGAGCCCAGUUGCUCGCCGCUGUGCGGGGUGCGCCACUCGCCGCUCCCGACGGUGUAGCUGGGCCGCCUCGCCGUGCCGCGCUCGCUGCGCUCCUCGAAGGGGCGGCCGCCUUCAGGUGACACAGACGGCUCUCCCGCUUGCGCUUUCCAGAUGCAUCAGAGAUACUUUUGGUGCGGGGCUGCUCUUGAGGGGCGCGGCGCGCGGCUGGGGAGCGCGGGUGCGGGGCGGCGGGGUAGGAAUCUCCGGGAGGAAACCCCGAUCUGGGGGCUCGCGGGGUGUGGGCGCGCUUCUUCCUCGGAGGGCUUGAGGCUUGGGCGUACGUUCUCAACCCCCCCUUCCCACUUUCUCUUCUUUUUUUUUUUUUAUACAUGUUCUAGGACUGACCAAGACCAGGUGUCGUCGCUUGGCGGCCCCUUCAUGGCGGAGGGCGAAGGGUACUUUGCCAUGGCCGACGACGAGCUGCCCGGAGGCCCCUACAUCCCCCUGGGCGGCGAGUUUGGGAGCGAGUUGAGCGGCGACUUGGGCGCGCACUGCUUGGACUAUUGCGAAAGCCCCACAGCGCACUGUAACGUGCUGAGUUGGGAGCAAGUGCAGCGGCUGGACGGGCUGCUGAGCGAGACCAUCCCGAUCCACGGGCGCGGCAACUUCCCCACGCUGGAGCUGCAGCCCAGCCUGAUCGUCAAGGUGGUUCGGCGGCGUCUGGCCGACAAGCGCAUCGGCGUCCGCGACGUGCGCCUCAACGGAUCGGCCGCCAGCCACGUCCUGCACCAGGACAGCGGCCUGGGCUACAAGGACCUAGAUCUCAUCUUCUGCGCCGACCUGCGCGGCGAACAGGAGUUUCAGACUGUGAAGGACGUCGUGCUCGACUGCCUGUUGGACUUCUUGCCCGAAGGGGUGAACAAAGAGAAGAUAACACCCCUCACGCUUAAGGAGGCUUAUGUGCAGAAAAUGGUUAAAGUGUGCAAUGACUCUGACCGAUGGAGUCUUAUAUCCCUGUCAAACAACAGUGGCAAAAAUGUGGAACUGAAAUUUGUGGAUUCCCUCCGAAGGCAGUUUGAAUUUAGUGUAGAUUCUUUUCAAAUCAAAUUAGACUCUCUGCUCCUCUUUUAUGAAUGUUCAGAGAACCCAAUGACUGAAACAUUUCACCCUACCAUAAUUGGAGAGAGUGUCUAUGGAGAUUUCCAUGAAGCCUUUGAUCACCUUUGUAACAAGAUCAUUGCUACCAGGAACCCAGAAGAAAUCAGAGGAGGGGGCCUGCUUAAGUACUGCAACCUCUUAGUGAGGGGCUUUAGGCCUGCCUCUGAUGAGAUCAAGACCCUGCAGAGGUAUAUGUGUUCCAGAUUUUUCAUUGACUUCUCAGACAUCGGAGAACAGCAGAGAAAACUGGAAUCCUAUUUGCAGAAUCACUUUGUGGGGUUGGAAGACCGCAAGUAUGACUAUCUCAUGACCCUUCACGGAGUGGUGAAUGAGAGUACAGUGUGCCUGAUGGGACAUGAAAGAAGACAGACUUUAAACCUUAUCACAAUGCUGGCUAUCCGGGUGCUAGCUGACCAAAAUGUCAUUCCUAAUGUGGCUAAUGUCACUUGCUAUUACCAGCCUGCUCCCUAUGUAGCGGAUGCCAACUUUAGCAAUUACUACAUUGCACAGGUCCAGCCAGUAUUCACAUGCCAGCAGCAGACAUACUCCACUUGGCUACCCUGCAAUUAAGAAUUAUUUAAAAAUGUCCUGUGGGGAAGUCAUUCCAGACAAUAUGGGGGACCAAAAAAGAAAAGAAAAAGGCUUAGGAAUGAGUUUUGUGCAAUGAUGAUCAUCUGCUCCUGGUUUUAAUCUUGGUAAAGAUUCUGUAUCGCUUCAUAGGUACUGAAUUAUGACCACAAAAUGAUACUUGUGGCUCCCACAACAACUUUCCCAUCUAAUUCUGCCCAACUUAAAUUCUGUCCUCAAACAAGAGACCUGUCAUUAAAACAGCCAGGCUCUCCUAAAAUAUUAUGGGGAAUAAUGCUCGAUGACAAUAUGGGUUUGCAGUACCUGCUCCCAUAGCUUGCCAUAGGGGAGAAGAGUGAAGAGUUUCUUGUAAGAUGGAUUUCACAAAAGGAAAAGACAGAGGAAGAAAUGCCCACUUAGUUGUCAAGUACAGUGUACUUGAUAGGGCAUGAAAGAAGACAAACUUCAGGUUCAGAUAGUAACCAUAAAAUAAGAACAGAAACACCAACUUUGGGGUUACUCUCUGAGGCUUGUAGCAAGUGCUUUUUGUGGACCUAUUGUUGUGUUAACAGAAACAGCUUGCUCUGAACAAACAGUAGUAGGUUGAUGCAGUUCUCAAAACAAAUAGCAGAACUUAAGAUGACCCAAUCUAUUAUUUCCAGCUGCAUGCGUAGUUCGCAUUUUUAAAAUUUGAAAAUGCAAACAAAAACAGCUGUAGCAAAGUAUGCUCAAGGACCAAAGAUUUAACAGAUGAAAAUACCCCUGUAGAAGAGAUAAUAGAAUAUAAAGAGUUACUAUAUUUGUUACACACCAGUUCAUGUACAUCAAAGUGCCUGUUGCCUUCUGAAAAUUUGAAAUGGGAAAAUUUUAUGGUUUAAUGACUUAUUUAUCAGGGACUUUAGAAGAAGAAAAUAAAAUGAUAUAAGCUUGUGAAUUGUGGAGGAAAUACCCUAUUUUUUUUUCAGCAAACGUGUGUAAAGUAAACAUGUUGGUGUGAUUACCAUAGGUACAUGUGUAUAUGUGGGUGUGUAUUAUGUGCAUAUGACAUAUCACAAAUAUAUACAUAUACGCAUGUAUGUGUAUAUAUACAAUGAACUUACUAUGGUCUAGAAUAAUGUAGCAAAUAGAAAUUGUUUAAAUAUUAUAUGUUUUUAUGUUUUCAACAGGAUGACAUACAACUUGGGCAUAUUGCAGUGAUAAUUAAAACCACAUCCAAAAAUUAAAUGGAAGAGGAAAACAAAUAAUAUAUUUGAUAGGAAGACAGAGAUUAUACAUUUUUUAGUGAGUGUUUUUAUUUUCCUUUUUUGUGAGCCAUAGAAUUUUACAAAUCAGAGACUAUUUGGCAGAGCACUCUUUUUUUACUGAACUGCCAUUUUGGUAGUUUGAACCCUUUUAUUUCUUGUAAUACUUGCAUGCUUCCAUGGUAUAUAAUCCAGUGGAUCUUGGAGCAGUAACAAUCUAUUUAAAUCCCUGACUGCUAAAAAGAAUUUCUGGUGAUCUGAACACUACUUAUUAUUUAAAUGAAGUUUUUAAUGAAUGCGUUCUGCAUUCUAGGACCACUAGAAUUUAGUAAAUGUGAAAUCCUUUUUAAAGAGUAUUUGCACAAUUACUUAAAAUUUAUAUGAGAUGUAUAUUAUAUAUAAAAUUUUAUAAAUUUAUGCCAAUAUGAGGAAUCUUUAAUCUGGUUGUCACACUGCAUUUAAAUAUUUAGUACUGUACUUUAAAUUCAAUCACUUUGCAUUGAAUGGACUUCGACUUUAUUUUCUCUUUCCCAAGAGACCAGUUAUCUUGUGAAUGAACACACAUUAUUAUUUCAGUUAAUGAAAUAACUGAAAGCCAGUCAUAAAACCGUUCCUUCCCCCAGCUCUUAAUUUGCAUAGACACUGGUCUCUGAAAAUGCAUUUUGUUUAGAAUAAAAAUAAAACACAGAAGCCUUCCCUUUGUAUUGUGAAACAGCCACAUCAAUCAGCCAGUCCCAGUGGAUGACUGCUUACUAUGAUUAUUCCUCUUAAGAACCUACCAAAAUUUUUUUACCAGUUAAAGAGGGAUUGUGGAAGAUAAUAGCAUCAUCCUAUUCACAGUAUGAUUUUGUUUGUCUGUCUGGGUAUCAUUCAGUUGCUCAUUGCUGGGUUAAUCCAUCUGAACUGCAUUUGGGGCACCUUUCUUUGAAGCCUUAAUAGGAACUUGAUGGGUUUGCUGUAGCAGCUUCCCUGUGAAUUCUUCUGUGCUGUAACAGCUACUGCACUGCCACUCACUGUUUCCUAAAGAAUUCUUUCUCCCUUGUUGGCUUAGCCUCCCUCACUCCAACCCUAGGUUUGAAAAACUACUUGUGGAUUGCCAGGAAAUAAUAUUCCAUUCUCAAAUUAGAUCUUAUAAUUCACUGUCAGAAACCAGAGCUCUACCAGUGUACCUUUUUGAAAGUUUUCUAAGAUGUAUGAAAGUGGGAAUACUUGGGAACACUGGGAAGCUGGUGAUCAGCUUUCUUACUUGUUCUAAGUCUCUUGACAAAUGAUUUGUCCACUAUAUCAAAAAGAACCUGGAUGUAUCUGGCUCUGCUAUAGCAACAACCUGAUGUUAAUUUAUGACACAGAUUUUUGUUUGAAGAAGCAUCAUUUGAACAUAUACCUUGCAUUUAUUUUCUUAAGGUAUUUUUUUUUCCCUUUCGAACUCCAGGGUUGGGAGUAUAGUUGAAAGUGUCAGCUCUUGGCAUUCACAUAGGCAGACUAUACUCAAUAUAACUUUUAGCAUUUACUUUUAAAUAUAUAAUUUAUUUUUAUUGUUUGUACUAUAGUCUUGUGCAUAUGUAGCUGAACAAACAGUAGAUUCUCUAUUUGUGGAUGUGUGGCUGAAAAUUUGAAUGUCUUGGGAGAGAGAGCCGUAUGUAUAGGUUAUCAAAAAGUAUUUCAGAAAGUACAGCUCUCAACUCCUGAUCAGUGCCUGUGAUUUGCUUGCUUUUGUGUUUAUCUGGCCUAGUGUAGUGUGCCAUACUUUAAAACAGGAGGAAGUUUUAUCUUCUGGAGGCUCUCUCACCUGUCCAGUCUGGCAUGUCAGAGAACAUUUGACCUGUGACAGUGCCCUUUGAAAAAAAUGUUUACUUCAUUUGCAGUAAAUCUAGUUGCCUCAAGAUAUUCCUACAUCAAGAUGGACUUUACCUUUCCAGAAAUAGGAUCAAGUAUCUGCUUACUUUGGUAAUGGUUGAACUGUUUUAAUAUGAUUCAAAAAAAUAAAAUUAAAGGAUGGAAGACUAUCUGUAAGCCAAGACUAGGAGGAAAUGAAAGUGAAUAUGUUGUUUUUGCCACCCUUUUCUGUUUGCUUGUCAUUGGUUGCUUUACUGUGCAUAAAAGUUUUUAAAACAAUGCUUAUCAAAUAAAUAUUGUGAACUAUUUUGUAAGUGAAAUGUAUUAUAUUGAAAGCUGUCGGCAACAGUUCAAAAUAAGCUUUUUUUGUUAUUUGAAGAAGAAACGUGUUAGAUGAAACCAAAAAGCGAAAAAUAAAUAAAUAAUUUCAUAUAUAGCACCUAUUUGAAUAUGAUCUUUAAGAUUUCUUAUAGCAUAGCCUUUUAAGUGCUAAGAAAGAAUCUCUGUAAUAUUUUGUAAUAAUGGCUUGCUAACAAAGUCCAUGGUUAAAGUACAAAGUUGGAAGAUGUCAAGGUAAUUUGGUGAGAUUUGCCGCAAAGCUUUGCAGAAUGGAGGAGGCUCCGCUGGCUGUCUCCAGCCUCCACAACCAUUGCCUGCUUUGAGACCUCCUAAAUAAGCAAGCUGCAUUUGGGGCACUUUCGGAAUACUUUGACUUAAGGCUGUGUCACAGGUAGAAAAGGAGUUGAUGGAGAACAGACUAAAAUCUGACGUGUAAAUCAGUACUGGAGGGAACAGUUUGUGAAUUUUGUUUACAGCAUCCAAUAUUUGGAUUUUUUUGUAAAUAAAAAGAAAUUAUUUU